UAAGAAUCAAUUUUACGGAAUUAAUUUAUUCAAAAUCAAUUAUUGCGGCCGGAUAACCAAAAUAUACUUUGAUCAGUACUCUAUGCUAAUCAAAGAUCCAAAAUUCUGUCUAUUUAACUCGGUUGACAGCCGCAUAGACGUUAAUGUCCUAUUCACUUGAUAAUUGAGAAAUAAGAGAAGAAUGGAUUACGAAGAAGAUGAAGAAGAAGUAGGUGAAGAAGUUGAAGCUAUGAAAGCUGUUUAUGAAACCGAUUGUGUCAUUCUUCGUUCCAUUCCUCCUCACUUCCAUUUAUCCCUCAAACCCAGAACCGCUGAUGUUUCCUAUGAUCAGUUUGUAGAAAUUGUUCUUGAGGUAAAAGCAACACCAAAGUAUCCAAAAGAACCACCUUCUGUUGCUCUUGUGGAUUGCAAGGGUUUGGACCAACAGAGACAAAAGCAUUUAUUGAAUCACAUAGAAAGUAAAGCCAACGAACUCUCCCCUGGCUUAAUGCUUGUAGCUCUCUGUGAGGAAGCGGUGGAGAAACUCUCCGCCAUGAAUCACCCUGAUGGCGAUUGCCCGUUGUGUUUAUUCCCUUUGGUCACAGAAGGUCACCAAAGUGAAACCUUGCCUUUUAUGAAGUUAAUGUCUUGCUUUCAUUGUUUUCACAGUGAAUGUAUCAUUAGAUGGUGGAAUUGGAUUCAGAGUUCUAAAGAAACAGGCUCUGCCAAUGCAGAUAAUGCAACUGUUCAUCGUAACCAGGAUAAUCUUGAAAAAUUGGAAGAGGGUGUUGGAAACUGCCCUGUCUGUCGCAAGCCUUUUCAUGCCAAAGAUUUGGACCAUGUGCUUGACCUAGUUGGUUCACAUUCUUCCAGAGUGAGUUUGAAUAACGAUGAAGUCAAUAAUGAUGAAAAAAUCCUUCAAUCGGAGAAUGAGAUCAUCAGAAAACAAAGGUUUGAAGCCAUCUUAAGUUUACAGAAGGAGAACAAUGGUUUGAUUGAACCUAAAAAAGAUAUAGUAAUAUUGCCUGGUAUGUAUCUUCAACAACCGGUUGCAGCGCCCACGUCAACCAAGGAACCCGACGAGAUGGAACAACAAGAAAGAGAUCCACCUGCAGUUGGGUCAGGAAGACAUGUCGGCGGGACCUCAAAUGGGCCUAGUUCAAGUGGUAACAGGAAUAUCGGUGCAAGAAGGAAUAGACCAAGAAACGGUCAUCAUUCUAGUUCAACUGCAAGACAUCCAAGAAAACCAGUCCAACAACAGUGGGUUAGAAGAGAUAAUCCUAGCAAUAAGCAAUAGAAAUGAUUUGAUAUAUUUCACUUCUAUUGCUCAUAUUUAUAUAAUAUAUAUCAUAUGAAUGCUUAGAUUGCAAAGAAAUGUACCAAAAGAGUAUAAAAAGACAGGUAGAGUAGAGGUAGGUAUCAUUUCAGUUGGAGAGGAGUAUUGGAGGGAUAGAAAGACACAAAAUAAGAAAAACAAGCACAAUGUCAUUUUUUUUCUUUACAUUUGGAAUGUUCCAUGUAAUUUAGUUUUGGUUCAGCAAUCAAGUUAUGAAAUGACAUUCUGCAUUUUCUCAUGAUGACAUUCUCUUCUCUUGA